AAAUCAUCCAGCAGCAUUCGGCAGCAUCACGGCAUCAGGUUGUGGUUGGAUCGAUAGAUAGAAGGGAAUGAAUGCAUGUGUGGGAAGCUGAAAAUUUGUCGACUCAACUCAUCCUCAUCCUCAUUCGGCAGUCUCCCUUGUACCUCUGGCUAGAUUCGGUUCAGGCUGGAAGAACUGCAUUCGGAGACGAAACAAGGACAAGCAAGAUAGUCUCGACAACGGACGCCAAGACGGAGUCGGUUGGUCAGGUUUUUGUGGGGAGGAGGAGUUGCUGUAAUAGUACAGUGGCUUUGCCGUAGAGGUUGGAGUGGAUUGAUUGAUUGAUUGAUUGAAGUGUUGAUUGAGGUGCCCGACAAAAGAAGAAGAAGAAGAAGACUUAGUCAAAACAAAGUACAACAAUGGUGGACAUUUGUUUGCCAAGUCCCGCUCCCAGCCAUCGCCGCCCCAUGAACGGCAACAAUCCACAAUCAUCUCGAUAUGUAUCUCCCGAACAAGCUCGCGACACGAGCAGUAGCUCUCCGGCAUCGUCAAGUGGAUAUCGCGUGGACGGCCCUCAUCAAGGCAUUGGAACUCGAUCUUGUUUUUCCAUUUUUGGGUCGAGCCACAAGAAGAUGUUGCAUUCGCAGCAGUCGUCGUCCAUUGCCACUAGUAACGACAGUCAACCCUUGAAGAAUACAGCUCUCCAACAACAAGAAGAAUUCGCCAAGACGUGGGAAGCGUUUCAUCAGAAUCGAUUUGAUCGACAAGUCAGUUCGCAAUGGGAUUACAACAACAAUUCUACCAACUCUACCAAUAACACUCCUCCCAAUACAACUACACCAACGAGUACUACAGCUAGCAGUAGUACAGUCACCAACAGCUUUUCACUCCUGCAACCUCCCAAACCAACCGAUCGAAGUCACAAACAACGGCUGAAAUUGGAACAACAAAAACGAAAAGCAGGAGUCUACGACGGAGAAAUGGAACCACAAGGAGUUAGAGGACAAGAGGCGUCGGCUGUUAUGGAACAGUCCAACAUUCCACAGUUCCAGCCAAGCAACACUGUCGCACAGAACCUCAGUGUCCGAAGCUUUGAAAAUGCAACUACACCACCAGCAACAACAACUACACCUUUGUCCAUUCGAAAAUUGGAAACCAUUGCCGAAGUCUCGGAAUCCAGAGUCUCCGAAGGAGCGUCUGCCGACAAUGACAGCAGUGUACAGUCGUGGGGAUCAUCUCAUCAAAUGUUUCAUCCCAACACUACCGUCUUGCCACCCUCUCGACCCCAGUCGUCCAAUAGUUUGGGAUCGUUUGCCAACUAUCAGUACUCACCCGUUCAACGACACGGUCUUCCCGUCGUGUCACCACGAAGUAAUGAUCCACCCGCCGCGUCCUUUGAUACGAGUAGUUCCACGGACAGUGACGAAGAUAUACAACGCAUGAUGACGGACUUUUUGGGAAAAUACAAUUCCUACGGAGACAACACUCAUCGUGCAUCGCCCAAUUCACAAACCAAUCUCGCCAUUAUGAGACGAGAUUAUCCCAAUCCGCUCCCUACCACGCAAAAUGAUGAACGAAUACAGCCGUCACCACAACGUCAACAACAACAACAAUCCAGACAAAUACCGAUACGGGUUGCCGAACCACGACAAAUUCCCAUUAUUACGGAGGAACGACCGCCACCCAACAACAGGCGAGGAAUUGCGCCCAUUGCGGCACCCGAUCAUGAUAGAAUAGGAUCAGUAUCAGUAUCACCUACCAGAAGAAAUCAUGCACAGUCGCAACAACGGGCCAAUCAUCAACCACCGCAAAAUCAACAUUCGCAAGACUCCUCGGAACAAGAUUACGCACAUCACAACCACCACAAGUAUCAACAACAACAACAACAGCAACAGCAACAACAACAACAAGAAUACUCAUCCAAGUACCAACAGCAACAGCAGCAUGAAUAUGAGCAACAGCAACAACAGCAACAGCAUGAAUAUGAACAACAACAACAAGUGUAUCAACAACAACAGCAACAACCAUCAUCGUCACCCCCACCAUUUCAUCCACAACACUCCCAUUUGCCUCCACCAGAAGAAUCGGUGGAUGCGUGGAAUGCACUCUCGCUGCAACACGUGCAAAAUGGGGAAUACGACAUGGCAUUGGCUGCGUUUCAACAUGUACUACGAGCAUACAAACUACAGUACGGGAAUGUACAUCCGCUCGUGGCGUCGGCAUAUCACAAUCUAGGAACCGUCCAUGCCAAACGAGCCCAAUUGUUACUAGAUGAUACACUCCAUCAACGACACUGUCGGGCACAAUCCUUGCAGUGCUUUCAAUCGGCAGCACGAGCGGCGCGUGAUUCACUAGGACGAGAUCAUCCCAAUGUCGCCGUGUCACUGGUACGCAUUGGAUUCUUGUUGUUACAAGCACGACAGUACAACAAUGCCGUCAUUACCUUUCAAGAAGCACUGCGGAUACGACAAGUCCAUUACGGACCGCAUCAUGCAUUGGUGGCCAACUUGUACAAUAAUUUGGGUGUUUGCUACAUGCAUUUGGGACAAUUUGCACAUGGACGUGAUUUAUUGCAGCAUGCCCUGCAGAUUCAACGCACGCUAUUGGCGCAAGCGGAAGAAGAAGUGGCGCAGGAAGAAAAGAAGGAUGGUGGUGGAGGCGGAGGAAAUACGGCCAAUCAAUCGUUGGAAUUGGCGGAUACAUUGUUCAAUAUUGGGGGACUGGCGUUGGAAUGGAUUCGACGGCAAGGACCCGAUGUUCGGCAUGCGCAAGAUGCCGAAGAGGCGUUUGAAGAAGCUUUGGAGCUUCGUAAGAGUGUUCUUGGCCCCAAGGACCCCAUGGUACUGCAAGUGAAGUCGUUGUUGGAUAUGGCACGUUCGAUUCCAAGACCCAAGUCACCGGGACGACGAGUAGCUGCUGGAAACACCAAGCCUACCAGAGGUAAUGGAAACGUCAACUAUCAGCCGUCGCGUCCGCCGGAUCCCAUGGGAGCCUCCCCGCAAGGCGCGGCUAAUGCACGAAAGGGAGAACGCGACUCCAGCAUGUCGCCUCCUCGCAGCAGGGGUGGUGCCAACAGAGAACAGCAUCUCUACAAUCGCAACAAUAACCAAAGCGGAGAUUCGGCGGACUUGACGGUACCCUACCAAUUGAAUCCUCGAGCAGCUACUAUUGGAAGCAAUUCUCCACUUCACUCGGCAGCAUCGUCGUCAUCCUCUCAAAACUCUCCUCCUCGAUCGUCCGCUUCCUCGCCGCUUCGGUACAACAAACACGCUGAUUACUUGGAGCCUCCUCCCAGAGUAAACCUUGGAAGGUCGUUGCUCGAUCAAACCGACAACGAUGGGCGUCCAGAAAAGCCACGACAUGCUCUCUCACCCACCAAUACUCACGUUGGACGUCAAUCCUUUGCUUCGUCGUCGGCGUCUACCGUCAAGAUUUCGCCAGGGCGACGCACGGACACGGAACCAUCUCAACGACGCUUCACUGUGGAAGAAUCAAAGUCUGUCUCUGUCUUUCGCCGAGAGACACAUGUAGCGUCGAGCAGCAGCAACAACAACGACAAGAAAAAAUCAUCCAAGCAGCUCCAACCUCCACCAGUCAUGGAGGUGACAGUUUCACAGGAUGAAGAAGAUGAUGGGUUGUAUGACCCGGCAGCUCUGCCGCAACCGCGAGCUCAAACUAAUAUUUUCAUCAGUCCGCAUUACGUCCCGCACAUGUCACCCCACAAAGUCAACCAACGUGACGGUGAGUCGCCCAUCUCCAAGGCAUCGAGUAGCAUUAGUGGAAUGCCAGUGUCGGCUCCCAGAGCUUCGUUGCUGGAGGCGAAUGGCGGUGCCGUUGUUAAGUCGUACUCGUAUGACGCGGAGGAAUCGUGUUUGCUGACAGAAGGAAGGAGCGGCAACACCCCCUCACAAGACGGAUACGAUGCAUUGCAGUCGCUACCAUCCUCCAACUCGCCCAACCGUGAAAAGGUCAAGGACAAGAGCGGGCGAAAGAUCAUGGUGGUCAGACCAUAUCGAAGCACCCCGACCAACGAACCCAACGCACCCCCCGCUUCUGUGGUGUCAUCCUCGUCCAACAGGCAUAGUCCUUGGGAAGACACCACGGCCGAGGAAGGCGCAACGGAGACGAAAGAGACAACGGCCUCUGGUUUGUACAGCAGUGAUCUGGAGUAUUCCUCCAAGACGUCUUCGUACGCACGAGAUGCUAGGCAGAGCGAACGCAACGCCACCUUGGACCGUGCUCGAGCACUGUUGCAGAACCAUCGAGAGUACAUGGAUUCUCCUCAAGUUCAGUUGAAUGGCACUCCACCGUACCUGAGCAACGCCCACUCUCCCGACCGUGUCAAACAACGAUUGUUUCGACAAAAGAAUGAUGUUAGAGACUUUGACGAAGACAUUGAAGAUGGAUUGGCGCCGUUGGGUAUGGGGUAUGCUGCUUCAGUCUCACCGUCGAAAACGUAUUUCCAAAAAGGCAUGCUCACCAACCGCCCCAGCGAACAUAUGCGGGAAAUCUAUGAAGAAGGUUCCAGGCUUUUGAAGAAUCAUCAAUACGAAGAAGCAGCCGAGUGCUUUGAAGUUAUUCUUCAGUGUCAACGGCGAAAGCGUGGACCUUACCAUCAGGACGUUGCGUCCGCGUUGCACAACUGUGGCCUAGCUCAUCUACGAGCUGGGGGUCAUCACACGGCCCUCAAGUCCUUCGAGGAAGCCGUGCGUAUCCGUAAAGGGACUCUAGGCAGAGAACACCCUCAUGUUGCUGCAUCGUUGGUCAAAUGUGGCAUCACUUUCUUGCUGUUGCAUCGCUUUGAGGAAGCCCUAUGGAGUUUUCGUGAAGCUUUGUCUAUCCGCAAGCAUUCUCUGGGGGCGCUCCAUCCUUCGACUGCACGCAUCUACAACAACAUUGGUUGCGUUCAUGUAGAGUUCAACGAGUUGCGAGAAGCACGUAGAGCCUUCGAAGGUGCACUGGAUAUUCAGCGCAAUGCUCUCUGUCAUGACCCCGAAAGCGGCCCGGUACGGUUUGGCGCAGCCGCAACUCUUUGCAACCUCGGCUAUCUCUACCGAUACAGAGGAAUGCACGAGCGAGCGUCUCGAGUGUUGAGAGAAGCUGCGGAAAUCCAAGAGGACAUUUUGGGUGCCACGCAUCCAACCGUUCUCUCUACCCUUGAUAGUCUUUCAGAAGCUCUAAUGAAUAGCGGACAGAGUGAUGAUGCGUACAAGACACUGGAAACAAUUCUGGAGCGUUUCCGUUCCGCAGAGGCACCGGGCAGCCGUAGACUUGUUCGCGCCGAAGCGGGUCUCAAAUACAAGAUGUCCCUUGCGGCCAAGCAGAUCAACAAUCGAGAAAGUCAGAUUCUGAAUCUUCAACAAGCACUUCAGGCAGUUCGUUCUCUUGAUGAAAAGACCGAUGCAGCACGAAGUCAAAAGGAUUCCUUGGAAAAGAGGAUUCUCUCGGACUUGAGAGAGGCUAGGGGAUCGAUGGAAACUAACGAAUUGAAAUGGGUAUAGGCAGGGCAGACAGCAGUACCAGUAGUCGGCUGCUAUAGCCUUAAAUGACAACGAACUAGUUCGGUUGGUUAUGAACAGGCCGUGUCAACGAUGGUAGUUGAGGUGCACGUACAUCUCGGAUGAUUCGUUGCAGCGCAGCACAGCGAGUCCCUUCAGUCAGCUGGAGUUGUAUACUACAGCUGGCAGGUCAGACCGGGGCGAAUGGCCAACUAUGACAGAGCGUACUAAUUCGUAAUCGUAAGGUCGAGUUUUGGGUGUGUACAUAACAUGAAGAGUUUAAAAUGCAACAAUGGUGUGGU